AUGACAAUGAUGACUCAGACUGUUCCAGUGUCCCAGGAAGUGAAAGGCCAGGUCAGCAGUGGAGGUUCUUCUGGGACUUGGACUUCUUCGAAUUUAAGAGAUUCUAUUCCAAAGCUGUUUGCAUCUUUCAAGUCUUGGAAUCAUGACCCUUCCUUUGUUGUUAUACUAAUGGCUCUAGUCCUCCUUCUCAUGCAGGCGAUCAAGAAGUUAGGGCCGACGCUGCUAACGGUGGCGGAGCAAGACACGAACCACAACUGGCCGUUUUUUCUCGGGAGAUUUCUUGAAUCUUUACAUUAUUAUUCGGUGAUAUUUGAUUCAUUAGAAGCAAGAAUGGGGAGAAACAGUAUGGAGAGGAUGAAGAUUGAGAGGAAUCACUUUGCGGAGGCUUGUCAGCCAAGAAACCGCCCUUUCCUUUUCUUCUUGGCCCCGGUUAUUACCCCAUAUACAAGAUAG